GCCGGCUGAGCGGGGUAGGGUCGGCGGCGUUCCCGGCCAUUCAUCGCCCGGCGGGCUUCGGCCAUGCGGAAGGGGGCGCGCAGGAGCCGGGCGGCCGGCGAGGAGGGGCGCGCGGCGGCGGCGGACCCUGGGGCUCUCCCCACGGCCCCCCAGCGGCGCCCGAUCCGGCGCUGGGCGCUCCCGCUGGGGCUGGCGGCGGCGGGCUGCGCGUUGGCGCUCUGCCUCCUCUGGAGCGGGCAGGCAGCGGAGCCGGGCAGCCAGCUGAUCCAUCAACACCGAAGUUUGUCCAGCAGCCAGUUGAAACACCUGACCUCCCAGCUCGAUUUGCAACGCCUUUGGAAGACUUACCUGCAGCCCAUGCUGGUGGAAAGGUAUUCAGGUAGCCCUGGGAACGUCAGAACCCGGCAGUUCAUCGUGGAACGGCUGAAAGCGCUGGAGGCUUCUUGGCAGGUGGAACUGGAUGCUUUCGAGGACCGGACCCCACACGGCACGGUCAGCUUUGCCAACGUGAUGGCCACGCUUGACCCCUCGGCCACCUGGCACCUGGUCUUCGCCUGCCACUACGACUCCAAAUAUUUUCCCCGAGACAAGCACGGACGGGCAUUCGUGGGGGCCACCGAUUCGGCCGUGCCCUGCGCCAUCCUGCUGGAGCUGGUGACUGCGCUGGACAGCUGGCUUCUGAAGGCCAAAGAGCAGGCUUCGAAAAUAACCCUGCAGCUGCUCUUUUUUGACGGGGAAGAGGCCUUCCGCGAGUGGAGUGAGACAGAUUCCCUCUAUGGGGCCCGUCACCUAGCUGAGCACAUGGGCCGGACCCCCCAUCACCAGGGCAUCACUCAGCUCCAGGCGAUAUCUCUCUUCGUUUUGCUGGAUCUGCUGGGCGCUCCUCAGCCCUCCUUCCAUAACCACUUCCUUGCAACCUCUGGUUGGUUCAAGAGGCUGAUGAGCAUCGAAAAACGGAUGCACCGUCUUGGGCUGCUCCAGUCCCAUUCCCAGGAACAUCUGUAUUUCCAGGGAGACUCCCCCUACGGCUCUGUCGAAGAUGACCACGCACCCUUCCUCAGGAAAGGCGUCCCAGUCCUCCAUCUCAUUGCCACUCCCUUCCCCAGGGUCUGGCACACCCUGGAGGACACCGAGGCCAACCUGGAUCGGCCCACCGUUGAGAACUUGAGUAAGAUCCUGGCUGUGUUCCUGGCAGAAUACCUGUGGCUCUAGGGCGGAUGCCGGACGUGGACGUGGCUGGGAUGAAAACAACAGAACUGGCUUUUGGGACAUGACUGCCGUGCUGUGGAAGAUGGGACAGGAGAUGCACGGAUUCUCCUUGGAACUCUGGAAGUUGGUCAACCACGAAGGCUAUGUGAUGAUGCGCAGAUGGCUCUCAUGGGUGGGAACCGCCAGGCUCAAAUGGUUAAGCAAGGAGAUCAAGGAUUGGCUUUCCUGCCACUUGGAAGGGCUGCGGUGUUUUAAAAGAGCUGAGAAAGAUUUGGGCAAGGGUGGGCUUCUUUUGCCAAAAAUUGGCCUUCUGCUUGUUCCAGAUUCUGUCUUGAAACCAAGCACGGCUUAAAAGUAGUCGGUGGAAAGGCCCGCUGCUUGAUCCCCUGGAGUAGGCAAGGGGGGGGGCUAAUCUCCUACCUCCCACCUUUGUUCUGAGAAAAGCGGAGUUUAAAAAAAAAUCAGGAUUUUUUAAAAUCUCACAGGAAAUCUCUGUGUGGUGCACACUCCCUUCUUUCAAAAUGGAAAGAAUCCUUGAAUUUGAUGAUUUAAAUACGGAGGUGCCUGUGCUAAUAGAACUAGAUGCCGUCUGUGAGUGUUUCCUAUUGGAAGCGCCUUACAAGUAAAAAGCUAGCACAUCAGGAUUUUUUUGAUCCUGAGUCUAUGGGUUGUCCAGCCUUGGCAACUUUAAGACUGGUGGACUUCAACUCCCAGAAUUCCUCAGCCAGCCAUGCUGGGAGUUGAAGUCCCCUUAAAAGUUACCAAGGUUUGCACGCCCCUGCCUUAGCCCUUUCCUUGCCAUGCAAACUUUCUGUCGUACUUACACAAAGCAUUUGUAUGUUUUUCCGAGCAACAUUCCUCUUUUCAUGUGAUCUGCUGUGGUAUAACUUGUUUUUCCACUGUGGGACUUCCUUAACACAUUCCUGCCUUUUUUCCAACUGCUUCCUGGGUUGAUUUAAGCCCAUCGGGGGUUUUUUUGGUGGAAAAAAACCUCCCUCUUCCAAUAAAAGUUGUCUCUUUUGGGGUU